AUGACUCCCUUUGCAUAUCGACAUUAUGGUAUCUGGGGUUUCAGGGACCCCGAGUAUCCUCUUUGGGUGCCAAGAACCCCGGUUAACGUCCCAGGGGUCCUGAGAACCCCUGUUAUCAUUCUGGGGUCUUCAGGAUCCCAGAAUACAAUUUGGGGUCCUCAGGAUCCCAGAAUGCAAUCUUGGGGUCCUCGGGAUCCCGGAAUACAUUCUUGGGGUCCUCAGGCACCCAGAAUACAUUCUUGGGGUCCUCAGGCACCCAGAAUGCAAUUUGGGGUCCUCAGGAUCCCAGAAUGCAAUCUUGGGGUCCUCGGGCACCCAGAAUACAUUCUUGGGGUUCUUAGGAUCCCAGAAUACAAUUUGGGGUCCUCAGGAUCCCAGAAUGCAAUCUUGGGGUCCUCGGGCACCCAGAAUACAUUCUUGGGGUCCUCAGGCACCCAGAAUACAUUCUUGGGGUCCUCAGGCACCCAGAAUGCAAUUUGGGGUCCUCAGGAUCCCAGAAUGAAAUCUUGGGGUCCUCGGGAUCCCGGAAUACAUUCUUGGGGUCCUCAGGCACCCAGAAUACAUUCUUGGGGUCCUCAGGAUCCCAGAAUGCAAUCUUGGGGUCCUCAGGAUCCCAGAAUGCAAUCUUGGGGUCCUCGGGCACCCAGAAUACAUUCUUGGGGUUCUUAG